AUGGCCUUCCUUCCUAUUUUCCUGUCGAGCGCGCUUCUAUCUGCUCUGUCGAUAUCCAAUCUCGGCUUGAUUUCGUCGAUGGUCGGCUUUCUCCACAAGCAAAAGGAUGACAUUGGAACCUACCAAAUAAAUUGGCCCGGUAACACUGUGCAGCUGGUAGUGGAGCCACAGCAUCUCUGGGUCGAUCAGGGUCACACUAGCAAUGGAGUCGCGGGAUACGGUUUCUUUCUGGGGCUCUUCGGCCUGUAUGUAGCAUGGAGGCAGAGGAAACGGCAAGGAAGGGCUCCUUCGAAGACGCUGCUCGCGCUCUUCAUCCUCCAGCUCCUAGCUGUGCUCUUCACAUUAUCCGCCCUCAUCUUCGUUUUCGUCGUCACCAACCAAACCAAAGGGCAGCACAUCUCCGAGUCCAUCGCACGAUCGAAUAUCGCCUACCCUGCCGACAAGUGGACACCCGAAACCUGGUUCACAGCCGUGCUGGAACUUCCCAUGGAUGACCAUCAUCACCAUGACAACAUCCACUCGAAGGUCGUGAACAUGCGCGCUUGGAGGUGGAUGCUCAUCCCAAUCUUCCUCACCGACAUCCUCGCGUUCGGGUUCACCACGGCGGAGCUGGCCCGGCAAAGGAAGGGUACGAAGCAGCCCGAAUAUUCUGCGGAAAAAUAA